AUGGGACCGGCUACAAGGGAAACGGUAAAUUGGGUUGUCGCUGAUCUUCUCCAGGCAGACACAGACAAAUGGAACCGAGAGAAGGUGGAAUCCUUUUUCCCAGAAAUAAAACAACAAAUCCUUUGUAUUAAACCAAGUCUCACCGGUGUGCCGGACAAGCAGAUCUGGAUCUCCACCAAGUCCGGAAUCUACACGACAAAAACCGGCUACCAUGUAGCAUACGAGAACAAAGCACAAGCAGAGACACAGCAGGGAACCAUCUGGAACAUAGACUGGAACGCAGAAAUUUGGUCUAGGAACAUACCUCCGAAAAUCCAGAUGUUUCUCUGGAGAGUGGCGCAUGGGGCUCUAGAAAUUGGCAGCAUUUGGGACCUCACCCCAACAAAAAACCCGAUCAUCCUCUCCCCAACGCAAACUUUCCCGGAGGUUUUGAAGACCUCAAAACUCUGGCUGCCUCUCCCUCCAACAGGAAUUGAACCAGGUUCUUUGUUUCCUUGGAUCAGCUGGUGUGUUUGGGGGGCACGGAACCAUCUCCUAUUUGAGAACCGGUCGUUCAAACCAACCGAAAUAAUUACAAAGGCUUGUGCGGAUGCUCGCGAAUGGCAGGAAGCUCAGAAGGCAAACACUGUUAUGACCACCGGAAAACCUCGCGUCGUCCCUCCCCAUACGGACCCGGAAGCGACGGUACUCUACACAGAUGCAGCGUGGAACCAGGACAACAAAUCGGAAGCACUCGCCAUCCGUGAAGCCCUUCAUCAAGCAAAGAUCUCAGGCUGGAAUUCGAUUCACCUCAGAUCUGACUCUCAACCGCUCAUCCGAGCCAUGCAAUCAGGAGAACAAAUUACUGAGAUCUUCGGUAUCCUUCGCGAUAUCUUCGGCUUGUCAAAAGUGUUUGUGGCAAUCUCCUUUAAUUUCGUACCGAGAUCAGACAAUUCUAUUGCUGAUGCUCUCGCAAAGAAAUUCCUUCAGGAUUUCACCUCGUUGUAUCGUGACUCUUGGGUUUAG